GGGAUACGCAGCCACCCACCCAUGGUGGUCUCCGCAAAUCCCUCGACAUUAUUCCUUAGCGACAGUGUCCCAUUCGAGAAAAAAGAAAACAGACGAUCCUGCUCCUUCAGCAUAUUACCAUAUUACAAUAGAACAAUAUGCUUGGUGAUGCCGAGAUCCACGCUCUAGAUAGCAAUCUAUCAAGCAUUGUGCAGCAGAACCAGCAACACCAUGCCGAUGUACAGAACCUCCUGGAUAAGUUCCGCCAGCUCUUAGACAACUACAACAACCUUAAGAGUGACUAUGAGGAGGAGAAAGAGGCUAGAGAGAAGUACAAGCGGAUGGCUAGGGGUCAGGAGCGGAAUCCUUUCGUGCUGGUCCUCGUUGAUGGAGAUGGCUAUCUCUUCAAAGAGCAUCUGCUAAAAGCCGGAGCCGAUGGUGGCAUUACGGCUGCCCGGAUCCUUAACGAUUCCAUCCGCGAACUACUCCAUGAUCGACUAGGCCAUCAGGCUGACCAGUGCCGUGUGAUGGUACGCAUUUAUGCAAACGUGCUUGGAUUGUCAAAGUCAUUGGCCCGCUCCGGGAUUGUGGGACAGGAAGCCCGCUCUCUGUCGCCUUUUACAGCAAGCUUCACCCGGGCUGAGGAUCUUUUCGAUUUCGUGGAUGCGGGAGAUAAGAAAGAGGGAGCGGACUAUAAGAUUAGGGUAGAAAUGUUCCGCUUAUUUGCCGACAACAGCCAGUGCAGACACAUCUUCUUCGCUGGUUGUCACGACUCCGGGUAUUCUAAUCUACUGACACCUUAUCGUGGCCGGACUGAUCGCAUCACCCUUCUCAAAGCUGCCAACUUUCACAGCGAAUAUGAAAGAUUAGGCCUCCCCGUGCGGGAGCUUCCCGCCCUCUUCAUGUCUACACCUAUUGGUGGAACUGGGAGUCCCUCCAACCAUACGCCUUCGAUGUCCACAACCUCUAGACCGAUUUGCAAACAUUUCCAAAAGGGCAUUUGCCGAUACGGCAGCUCCUGCAACAAGGCCCACAUACCGCAAGGUCAACAACUCUCUAGAUCCGACAAUACCCCCUCUCCUCCAGGAAGGGAAUCUCCUACGAGUGCUCGCACUCAAGAGUUUUAUGCCUCACAACUUGUCACCCAACUUGAUUCUAAGUGGCAAGAUUAUAUCCCGAUAAACUUGGCCGGAGAUCGCAUUGACACCUACUGUCCGAUCCCCGGCCACGACGCCUGGGAACUCUAUACCCGUCGCGCCAAAAUCCAUAAGCCAUGCAAUAAUUUCCAUCUUGGCGGCGAGUGCAGCAACAUUGGCUGUGAAUACGACCACGGCCGUCUUGAUCCAAGCUCGCUGGACGUUAUGAAAUACAUACUCCGUCAGCACCCAUGUCAGACGGGCCCUUCAUGCCGAUCCACUAAGUGCUUCCUCGGCCAUCUCUGCCAGAAGGACGGAUGCCGAGGCCUCAAGCCGUGCCGCUUUAAUCGUCACGCACACACACUUGAUUUGCAUAUUGCAAAAUACACGCCGUCCAUCAAAAGGGACACUGGUCACUCGCGUGCUCCAAGCGCCGAGGGGGCAUAUCUCCCAGAUACUCCCGAAGAGCCGCAGGGCCUCAUUGUAUUGUGAACGUCCAGUAGGACUAUAUUCAAGGCCAACACAUACUAUUAUGUUGUCUUAUAUUAAGGCAGACCGACUUGUUGGUAGGGUAGGGCCUUAACAAUUGGUUAUCAAUUGUUAGAGAAGAAGAUGAAAUAGAAAGGAGCCACAUCGGAAGGGAGGGAGGAAGCAAGCAAAUCGUUUGGAUUCUGAAAUCACG